UCAUUAUUCCGUCGAACAUAUUUUUGUGUCCCGGCUAUGUUCCGGCCUAUUAUUUAUGGUUCCGGCAUUAAAAGUAAAUAUUAAACAAAAAUAUGAUAUGACGGUAGGUUAAUGUGGCGGUGUUGAAUAGAUUGACUGGUGUAAUUAGAUUGUUAACAAUGUUAUGUGCUAUAUAGAUCAGUUAUUAAUAUUUAUUUAGAAAAGUUGAUGUUUUAAGCCAGGUUAAUUCAAUGAAGAAGGAUAUAUUUUAAUUACAUAUAGUUUUAUGCAAUGUUACGUUCGAUCCAAGUGCCGUUAUAUUUAAGACGUUUGGAGUUUGUAAGAUUAUAUUAUACUGUGCGUUCAUCAUCUGACAAUUUAUCAAAAGUGCAAAACGAUGAAAUUUCAAAGCAUAUUUCACAAAGAAUAAAAAUAGCAGGACCUAUGACAAUAGCUGAAUAUAUGAAAGUAGUAUUAACUAAUCCCAAUGGGGGAUAUUAUAUGCAUCGAGAUAUGUUUGGUGAGGAAGGCGAUUUCGUUACAUCACCAGAGUUGGGUCAACUUUUUGGAGAAAUGAUUGCUAUAUGGUUUUUAAAUGAAUGGUCAAAACUAGGUUCUCCUAAACAUUUACAGAUUAUUGAAUUAGGGCCAGGUCGAGGGACACUGUGCCAGGAUAUGCUGAGAGUAUUUCAACACUUUCGCGUGCUAGAUACUGCAAGUGUUCAUUUACUAGAAGUAAGUCCUCUUUUAAGUAAUUUACAAGCAAAAAGGCUGUGCAUGACUUCUCAUUAUGAUGAAAAUGCUGUGGUAUACAGAAAAGGUACAAGCCAUCAAGGUGUUCCUAUUUCAUGGUAUAGAAGGUUUGCUGAUAUACCAAAAGGAUUUAGUAUUGUGAUAGCUCAUGAAUUUUUUGAUGCAUUACCAAUUCAUAAACUUCAAAAAACAGAAAAUGGAUAUAGGGAAGUACUGGUAGAUGUAGAUCCAAGUGAUGAAACAAAAUUAAGAUUCAUUAUUGCAAGGGAAGAAACACCUGUUGUGAAACUGUUUGUUAAUUCUGAUGAAAAUAGAAAUCAUCUUGAAAUAUCGCCCGAAAGUGUCGCACUUAUAAAUCUUAUUUCUCAAAGAAUUGAAUAUGAUGGAGGGAUUGCCUUAAUAGCUGAUUAUGGGCAUAACGGCGAAUCAAAAGAUAGUUUUAGAGCAUUCAAGAAGCACCAUCUUCAUCAUCCUUUGGUAGAUCCUGGCUCUGCUGAUUUAACGGCAGAUGUAGAUUUUUUGUGUUUGAAAAAGGAAGCCCUGAAAAGUGGUGGAAUUUUGGCAUAUGGUCCAGUAAGUCAACGAAAUUUUUUGCUUCAAAUGGGCAUUAAAUACAGGCUUGAAAAACUGGAAGAGAGUUGCUCAGAGGAGCAAAAGAAAGGUCUCUUAUAUGGGUUUAAUAUGAUGACCGAUACUGACAAAAUGGGGCUUAGAUUUAAAUUUCUAAGUCUAUUUCCUGCAACCGUAGAAAAAAUUCUAAAUAAAUAUCCUCCAAUCGGAUUCGGCGAAUAAAAAGGGGAAAAUGUGAUGAAAUAUUCAUUGUUUAUAUGUACAUACAAGAAUAUAUAUUAUUCAUUGGAAAUGAACUGUCACGAAGUAAUAGUAAAAGAUCGACUGUAUUUUGAAAGAAUAAAAAAUGACCAAGUUG